AUGGAGUAUGUCGAGUCGCUAGAGUCCGUCGAGGUGCGGGACUCCGUCGACGCGUUGGACACCAUCGAGGGGCUAGAAUCGAAGAUGGCGCUGGACUCCGUCGAGGUGCCGGACUCCGUCGAGGUGGUGCCGGAGUCCGUCGAGGUGGUGCCGGACUCCAUCGAGGUGGUGCAGUGUCCUCGCUGCGGCACGUUCCACGCUGGCGGCGUUUUUGGAGAAGCCUGCUUCCAAGCUCACCGCCAUGCUCGCAGGUUUUUGCAUAACAUGGAAAAGUUUGAUUAUGAGUUCUUCGUUCUUGAUGUGGAGAAACUUCAAAUGGAUAGUGACACAAUACUUCUUCCUGAACACGUUAUCAAGAAGUUGGAAGAUGCAAAGAUGAAGCAAGAUGCACAGAAAGAACAGUAA